UAACAGGAUUGCUAAAUGGAGAAUGACCAAACCCUUUAGUUGUUUUUAAGUUUGCUCUUAUACUUAAUUUUGCCUUUUAUAACUCUCUACGACUACAUAUUAUAUGUCAAUUAAUACAUAAUUAUCAAGUAAAUAGAAAGUGUUGAUUAAUUGCCUUAUCCUUUUUAGAUUUAUGAUGGUCAAGCAUUGAAAUGAUGACGCCCAAGAAUAUGUGGGCCUUUAAAUUAUGAGCACUACUGUUUUUACUCAUACCAUCUAUGAUCUAUUUAGAAGAUGAUGAAUUUAUCACAUUUUAUACAAUUCCUAUCAUCACAUAAAUUGAAUCUAGCAAUUUGCAGAGUAUAAAAAUACCCUGAAACCCAAACACAUUCACAUUCACAUUCACAUUCACAUUCGCCUUACCAAUCUGAAAAGGCAAUUAAAUUCCUACAAGGAUUAAUAAUAUGAUGGCAUUCACCUCUCACUUUUGAUAACUUGAAUACAUGCUUCCUUAUCCAUUUGUAACACCAGCUUCUGAAUAUUCAUACCUCUAGGCUCUACCCAUAUCCAACUCCAAAGCAGCAACUGUGAGCUCGGCUCUAUAAGCUGUACAAACACCCAAAUUGGCAGUGAAAGCACGUUAGAAGAUACCUCUACCUCUCUGGUCACGCUAAAAUGUCAAGUUUGUGUAAUUUUUCUGUACAUAUGUUCACGCACGUAUUAUGUGCAUAUAAGACUCGUAUAUUGUAGGUAACCAAAAUACUAACCUAUGAGUCUAUGAUAAAGAACCGUUGAAUAUUGAAAACUUAACUUCACAAGUUUAUGUGAUUUGAGGCGAAUAAACAACAACCAUUAUAGUUGUAAGUAGUAUUAGAGAAAUUUGGGAAAAUUUUAAAAUUUAACUACAAAAUACUUACUUUUGAUAAAAUGGGAAAUACAAAAAAAGGCGCCGUUUUUAGAUUGAAUUUGUCGGAGGGUCCCCGGUAAAGCUUUUGACCCACCAAAGAUCCGCCCAGAAAAUGAUCCCUUGAAAUCUCAGAAAUAGUGCUUCGUUUCCUAAUUUUUCCUUAAAAUUUGGCACUUAAUUUCUAUAAUCAUAAUCUAUUACUUAACUUGAAUCUUUUAAACUAAAGUUAGUCUAUAAACCGCUGGUCUACUAAUCCGUAUUAAAAUUUACUAAUCAUAAUUAUUCCAUGUCACUAACCACCUGCUCAACUUUUUCUUAUUCUUCCUCACGUUCACCCCUUUUUCUUUUACUUUUUGUUUUUUAGUUUUCAUUUCUUUGAUAUGGGAAAUCAGAAUAAGACGUGAUGCUGUAACUUUUUAAUUGACCAAGAAAAAAAUAAUGUUCCAAAGAAAAUAUCUCACUCCUAUUAUAGGGAGAAGUUGGAAAUGAACGGCGUGUUUAGGGUUCAAAUUCUAUUAAAAACGUAACUCGUUUUGAAAAUCGGCUAAAUAAUGUACAUGUUGUGACUUUUCUCUUCCACGAUGUUUUUAUGAACUCUGGUAUUUAAGUGACUUGUGUACUUCAGGAUGACCUUUAUAAUACAAUAAUGUUAAAAUUAUUAUUGUAUCUUAAACUUAUUGUGUAGUUUUCCUUUUUUUUUGGCAAUCUUUCUUAUGUUAUCUGGACUCGGAUAUCCUUAUUAGAUACGGGUACAUGUUCAAGUGUCCGACACAGAUACUUUUUAAAAAGUUACAUGAUUUUGGUCUAAAGUGAAGUGUCUAUAUCCAUGUCCGAGUACGUGUUGAGAAUCCGACACAAGUAUUUGAGAUAAAAUGUAGCGUUGAGGUAACAUUGACUUUAUCUAAUUUAAUUCAUUCAAGUCAUACACACGGAUAUUUUUUUGAAAAGGUUGCAUGAUUUUGGUCCAAAAUGAAGUGUCCAUAUCCAUGUCCGAGUAUCGAGAAUCUGACAAGAAUAUUUAAGGUAAAAUGUAGCGUAGAGGUAACAUUGAUUUUAUCUGAUUUAAUUGAUUCAGUGAUUCAAGUCAUACACUGAUACUCCGUAGGUAAUUACUGGUACUGUAUAAAAGAAUGUUUUAGAGAAAAAGAAGGCAGCUUUUUGUAAAAAAGGCUUUUACAUUUCAGCAACAAUAUGAAAAUGGCCCUUUUACUUUGGCAUAAUAACAUAUGGAAUUGUCAUCAUACUAUGCAGUAUGCACUCUCUCUUUCUCACUCACUCAGUCUCUACCACGCCCAAGGCCCCUCCCACAAUCCACGCCACUACUAUUAUUAUUAUUAUUAUUAUUAUUAUUCUCCCUCUCUCUUAAUUGCCAUUUUUCUACUCAUAAUCUCCUGCUUCUUCUUCACUCUUCUUCCCUAGAAUCAUCAUCUUCUUUCUUCUUCUUCUUCUUCUUCUUCUUCAACAACAUGAAAGUAAUCCUUUUCAGAAUCUCACUUCUAUGCAUGUCAUUUUCAUUCUUAGCUCCAUUAUCCAUUGCAACAACUUCAUUAACCGAUGCCGAAUCCUUGUUAGCCUUGAAGAAAUCCAUAGACAGUGAUCCAACAAAAGUCUUUGAAAACUGGAAGAUGAGCAAAAAAACUCCCCUUUGUACAUGGCUAGCCGUAAACUGCUCGUCUGAAGGCCGUGUUACGCAACUUGACCUCAGUUGGCGUUUCCUUACCGGAAACAUCACUUUUGAACCCUUCACCAGUUUAGACAUGUUAGUGUUGUUGGACUUGUCAGGAAAUUCUUUCUUCAUCAACUCUUCUUCCCUCCUUCAACUUCCGCCUUCGCUUCACCAUCUCUUACUCUCGUCGACUGGCUUACAGGGACUUCUUCCUGUCAAUCUACUGACUCUAUACCCAAAUCUAAACACUCUUGAUCUUUCUAUUAAUAACUUGACUGGAUUGCUGUCAAAAGAUUUCCUCAGUUUUUCCUCAUCCAAAAAUAGUAAACUGCAGAUUCUUGACCUGUCAGCUAACAAACUAUCUGGGCCUCUUCCUUUUUUUGAUGCUAUAGCUGCUAAUUCCUGUACUAGUCUUCAGACUCUGAAUCUUUCCAUUAACCUGUUUAGUGGAAAGAUUCCUCCUUACUUGGGUAGCCUACCAACCAUACAGGUAAUCGAUCUGUCCCAUAACUCUCUUGCAGGACUAAUCCCUGCAGAGGUAUGGCAGUCUUGUGGGUCCCUAACUGAGCUUCAUUUGGCUUACAACAACUUAUCAGGUGCAAUUCCUGCUGAUUCUUUCUCAUCUUGUAAGUGGCUUCAGAUUCUGGACCUAUCAAACAACAACUUGUCUGGGCCGUUCCCCGGACAACCCUUGUUAGGCCUGCAGUCUCUGGACACACUAGUGAUGAGCAACAACGUCAUUACGGGAUCUUUUCCGGAGACUAUAUCGUCGUGCACAAAGCUGAGAGUAGUGGACUUCAGUUCUAACAGACUGUCAGGAUCAAUCCCGCCAGACUUAUGUUCUGAAGGUACUUCUUUGGAGGAGCUUCGGCUGCCUGAUAAUCUCAUAUCAGGCAGAAUACCGCCAGAGUUGUCUAAGUGCUCAAGUUUAAGGACAGUGGAUUUUAGCUUGAACUAUCUGAAUGGAACAAUCCCUGGUGAGAUUAGUAAGUUGGGGAAUCUUGAGCAGUUUUUCGCAUGGUAUAAUGGGUUGGAAGGCGAAAUUCCACCAGAAAUUGGGAAAUGUAGUAAGUUGAAGGAUCUUAUACUGAACAACAACCGUCUAAGUGGAGAGAUUCCAAAGGAGUUGUUUGAUAUUAGUAACUUGGAGUGGGUUUCUCUGACUUUUAAUCAGCUCACAGGGAAAAUCCCAAAAGACUUUGGGAAGUUGCAGAGGCUUGCUGUUUUGCAGCUUGGGAACAACAUGUUUACUGGAGAAAUACCCACAGAGUUGGCAAGUUGUAGGACUUUAGUUUGGCUUGAUUUGAAUAGCAAUAAUCUCACUGGUGAAAUCCCACCUAGGCUUGGAAGACAGCCAGGGAAUCCUAAGUUGUAUGGCCUUUUAUCAGGAAAUACCCUGGUUUUUGUCAGAAAUGUUGGAAAUUCUUGUAAAGGUGUUGGUGGGUUGCUUGAGUUUGCAGGGAUUCGACCUGAGAGGUUACGUCAAGUACCUUCCCUCAAGAACUGUGAUUUUACAAGAUUGUACUCGGGUCCGAUCCUAAGUUUGUUUACUCAGUAUCAAACUUUGGAGUACCUUGAUCUUUCUUAUAAUCAACUCCAUGGGAAAAUCCCAGAUGAGUUUGGUGAUAUGGUUGCAUUACAAGUGCUUGAGAUAUCACAAAAUCAGUUAUCUGGGGAAAUCCCUUCAACUCUUGGGAAUCUGAAGAAUUUGGGUGUUUUUGAUGCAUCUUAUAAUAGGCUGCAGGGGAACAUCCCAGAUUCAUUUUCCCAACUUUCAUUUCUGGUGCAAAUUGAUUUGUCAAAUAAUCAGUUAACAGGCCAAAUUCCACAAAGAGGGCAGCUUAGUACACUUCCAGCCACCCAGUAUGCAAAUAAUCCUGGCCUUUGUGGAGUGCCUUUACCUGAAUGCAGAGAUAUCAGUGCAGGGAGUAAUCCUGUUGGAGACGAUUCAGCGAGAGAGAAAGAAAGAUCAUCUAGAUCAUCAUUGACUAACAGCAUAGUAAUUGGGCUGUUGAUUUCAAUUGCAACUGUAUGCAUCUUGAUUGUUUCAGCUAUUGUAAUGCGCGUGAAGAGGAAGGAGAAAGACGCUGCUAAGAUGCUGCAUAGACUACAAGCAUCCCAUGCUGCAACAACAUGGAAGAUAGACAAAGAGAGGGAACCAUUAAGCAUCAAUGUGGCUACUUUUCAGAGGCAGCUAAGGAAGCUCAAAUUCUCUCAGCUUAUUGAGGCUACUAAUGGGUUUUCAGCGGCAAGUAUGAUUGGUCAUGGAGGAUUUGGAGAGGUCUUCAAGGCUACAUUGAAGGAUGGAUCGAGUGUAGCAAUCAAGAAGCUAAUAAGGCUUAGUCAUCAAGGAGAUAGAGAAUUCAUGGCCGAGAUGGAAACUUUAGGGAAGAUCAAGCAUAAAAAUCUUGUCCCACUAUUAGGAUAUUGUAAGGUAGGGGAAGAGAGACUUCUUGUAUAUGAAUUCAUGGAAUAUGGUAGUUUAGAAGACAUGCUCCAUGGAAAAGAAAAGGAGAAAGACCGGAGAAUCCUGACAUGGGAAGAGAGGAAGAAGAUAGCCCGAGGAGCAGCCAAAGGUCUAUGCUUCCUUCACCAUAACUGCAUUCCACAUAUAAUACACCGUGAUAUGAAGUCUAGUAAUGUGUUACUAGACAAUGAAAUGGAGUCUAGGGUGUCUGAUUUUGGUAUGGCAAGGCUUAUAAGUGCAUUAGAUACUCACUUGAGUGUUAGUUCAUUGGCUGGGACUCCAGGGUAUGUUCCACCCGAGUACUAUCAGAGUUUCCGGUGUACUGCUAAAGGCGAUGUCUACUCGUUUGGGGUUGUCCUGUUAGAGCUCUUAACAGGGAAAAGACCAACUGAUAAGGAUGAUUUUGGGGAUACAAACUUGGUUGGUUGGGUGAAGAUGAAAGUCAGAGAAGGAAAAGGAAUGGAAGUGAUUGAUUCAGAGUUGCUGUCAGUUACUAAAAAUGAUAAGGCAGAAGCAGAGGAAGUGAAGGAAAUGGUGAGAUACCUUGAUAUUACCAUGCAAUGUGUGGAUGAUUUCCCUUCUAAGAGGCCGAAUAUGUUGCAGGUUGUUGCCAUGUUGAGGGAGUUGGUGCCCGGUUCUUCUAGUUCUAGCCAUAGUAGCUGAUUUAACUAGUUCAAUUUCAGCAUAAACAUUCUUCUGUUUGUAAUCAAGAGUGUUUUUUUUUUUUUUUUUUUUUGUAUAAGCUUGAGAAUUUUGUCUCAGAGAUUUUACAUCCUACUGCCUGGUGAUUAGGUGUUAAAAGUGUUCUUUGGAUAUUAUGACAAUCAGACAAUGUAAAUAUAAUGUAAAAUCAACAUAUGAUGUUAUGUAAAGAAUAUGAAUUACUUGAUUGUU